AUGGUGUUAAUUUGCUCAUUACCUCCUGAAAUUCAAUUAGCCAUUCUAAAUUAUUGCGACUUCUUCGCAUUGCUUCAAUUACGACAAGUAUCGAAAUACUACAAGUGGCUUGCUGAGCAUAAUUUAUGUCACCGAAAUCAUCUUGAUGUUACCGGUGAUUAUUUGGCAAUAUUUAGGGAUUAUAAGCAGAAAGGUUUUGCUCGCUUAAAUGAACAAAAUGAUUAUGAGGCAGUUUUUAAUAAAAUUUUUGUAUUCAUCAAUCUCUAUAUGCCAGCUCUGCGCGAACUUUCGUUGCGUCACUGUUCAGUUGUUCUCACCUUGAAAGGCUUAAUUCAGCUAGCAUCAGCAGCGCAAAAUUUAUAUCGAUUAGAUUUAAGUCAAACUUGCAAUAAGCCAUUUUUCGAAGCAGAUGCCAUCUUGGCUUUGCAAUAUUUUCGACAGCUAAAGAUAUUAAUAAUGGAUGGACUUGUGAUUCAAAAAACUGCUGGCAAAGGUUGUUCGCAUCGACUAGAAAUGCCACCUUUACAUUAUAUGCAACAUUUGGAGACACUCGUGCUCAACUGUCCAUAUGAUACUUUAGUCAGAAUAUUGUAUUCAUUGUGUGAAAGCCAUUGCAAUUUGCACAAAUUGAAACAUAUAAGUUACCAUCGUUAUGACAUUUGUGUUACAGCUUGGUGUACAGUAUAG